CGGGGGACGGGGGACGGGGACGGGCUGAAGGGCCACCGCCGCGCCGCCGGUCAGCUGCCACCGCCGUCGCUUCCGAGCGAAGUGUCGCGCGGGCGCGCUGUAGCCGCGCGACGGACGGGAAGCGCCGUCUCCGUCGAGUUUAUUACUUGGCGAGCUGGCCGCUGCAGCUCCCCCCUGCAGCUUGCCGCCGCCGCCGCCAGCCGUGCAUCUCCCUGCCGCGCGCGCCGCCGGCUGCCUCCGUACACGGCUGGGGACACGCCGCAGCAAGGUCACCGCGGCCGACAGGGCAAUUCCCCUCUCAAGGAGGAAAGCACAUAUGUGAGUCAGAACCUUCUUGUUAAACGUGAACCAGGGACAUGCAGAUGAAUGACCUUGAAUCAGAAGAUUAUAUCGCCUCCUAUGAGGAGACAAGUUCUGAAGAUACUGAAGAUGUGAAAGUCUGUGACGUGUGUGGAAAUGUUGGUGAUGAGAGGAAGCUCGCUGUUUGCAGCAGAUGCAAUGAUGGUGCUGUGCAUAUUUACUGUAUGUUGGUAAUGCUUCAAGAGGUUCCAGAGAGCGGGUGGUUGUGUGAUGAGUGCCAAGCUGAGGUAGAAAUUGAAGCUGAAAAGAAGAAACUUGAAAAAUCUCAAGUAAAUUUUGUCAUGGUUUCCAGGGAGAAUAAAGCGGAUGCUAAAAAGGCUAAAGACGCGUCUAAUGUGGCUCAUUGGAAUAAAAGGUUAAACAGACAGAGCGAGGCCAAUUUUUCAGAAGAGAUCAAAGAUGUGAAAGUAUGCGACAUUUGUGGAGAUGUUGGUGAAGUGGAGAAGCUCACUGUUUGUGGUAGAUGCAAUGGUGCUGAGCAUGUUUAUUGUAUGCAGGUGCUGAUGGAAAAGGUUCCAGAGGUCAUGUGGUUGUGUGAGGCAUGUCAAACUGAGGUAGAAUUUGCAGAGGAAAGGAUGGAACUAGAAAAAUCCCAAGUAAUGGUUGGUGCAUGUAAAUUAGGGUCCUUUGGAGGGCAAACGAAUAAACCUGUGGAUGAUGCAAAUAGAGGAAGUUAUUUUGAGGAUGAAAUGGAGGCUGAACAUGUGAGUAGUAAAAACUCAAACAUGAGAAAUCAAUCCAAUGGUAUGGCUACCAAGAGGAUAGAAGACGAUGCAACGAUUACGUUACUGAUUGGAAAAGAUCUUCCUGAAUCUGGUGGUGUAUCCGUAGAAGGUGACUCUGCAAAAAGAGUGCCACUUCCGCGCAAAAAAUCACUCAAGCUUGACACAGAGAAAGGAAAGGAACCUGCUAGGCCAAUGCCAACAUCAUUGACAUUGAAUGCUGUGAAGAAUCAGGCACCACCUCUUUGUGGUCAACUCCCGAAGUCCAUUUCUUUCAACAACAAAAAGAUCCCAAAGGUGAAACAACUGGCCAUUGAAGUUCCUCAAAAGCCCAAUAAUCUGAAGGAACCUCUAUCCUUAGUUGCAAAACAAGACGGGCCAGUGAACACACUUGCUAAGUCGACAUCAGUCAAAAAGCCAAACUCCAGAGAGCCAGUAAGUAAAGUAAAGUCUUCCAUCUUACUAGAUGUUGAGGAACCAAGAAUGAUGAAUUCAGUAAUGAGCCGAAAUGUAACGAAUAAGAGCGGUACUUCUAUAUCUGGAUAUCCCUCUGUUGCUGCAUCAAUGUUUGUGCCAGUUCUGUCGAAAGCAGAAUCCGCAGCUCAGCAUCUCAAUCAACGAAAUAAAAGGGAUAACUUAGGCAUCGCUUAUGGACAAGACGGUAGAAACUUUCCUGCACCUAGUGAACCAAAGAGACAGCUUGUAGCAAAAGUCCCGGGAAGCCUAACGCUAAUUAGUGCUGAGAGAUCCUCAGGUAUGCUUUGUUCUGGUGCACAGAUGAAGGGAAUUCAAAUCCCAGAUACUUCACUGGUUGAUAAAAUAAAGAACCCACCUAGCUUGAAGCCAGGUACUUCUAGCAGCAGUUGCACAAUGCACUGUCAACAAUGUGAUGAAGUGGGACAUUCUACACAAUUUUGUCCUGUUGACAGAUUUAGCUUGUUUGUAACAAAACCUUUGAGUGAGGAAACCAGUGAUCGAACAGCCAGAAGCAAUAGAACAUCUCAAGCUACUACUUUGACCGCCACUGAGGACAUUUUGGAAUCAGCUUAUCAAUCUGAGCCAAUUCCAAAACGCCGCCGUUAUCAUAACCCAUUAUAUAGGCCUAUAAAUGUUGUAUGUACCUCCAUUAGUCACGAGGGAAGCAGUGAGGAGGAUGUGAGAAAUGCUAUGCCUACUCCUAGUAUUACAGCUUCUGUAGAUUGUCCUGAGCUAAAAUACAAAGAGCAUCAGGCUGCAUCUGCCAUGGGAGGAAGAUUUGUGGACAGCGGUUCAACUAUGUUAAAUGAUCCGACGGACAAAUCGCCAAGCUUUUCACCUAGUGAUGACAGAAUAACUUCUAGUGUUCCAGAGUUGGCUUACAUUUGGCAAGGUUGUUUUGCACUAUGGAAGACUGGACGGCCACCUAAAUUUUGCAAGGGCUUGCAAGGACACUUAUCAUGUUCUGCUUCACAAAAGGUUCUGGAAAUAGCAAAGAAAUUCCCUUCUGAAAUCCGACUUGAGCAACUUCCUCGCCGGAAUAUAUGCCCCCCACCAUUCGAUGGAGAUGGCCUUUCGUAUGGCAGUAUUGAUCUUUUUUUCUUUGCGACAGAUAUCCAGAGUUAUGAGAGGCAUUACAGUAAGUUAGUAGAAAGGAUGCUGACAGGCGAUUUGGCACUCAGAGGAAACAUUGAAACAGCUGAGUUGCUCAUAUUUCCUUCCAAUAUCCUGCCAAAAAGCUUUCGAAGAUGGAACAUGUCCUAUUAUCUAUGGGGUGUAUUUAGAGUCAGAAGAAAAGAUCCGAACCUUUCAUAUCAUGCACCCACAAGAAAACAUUCUAAUUUCAAUGGGAAUCUCUUGGCCGUGGGUCGAAGAACUCAUGCUCACGCUUCUUCUGGCCCCAGUUUCUAUUACUCACCUACUUGUGAAGAUUCUCCAUCUAUCAUGCCCUUGGAAGCUAAUCAUGAGGGUUGCGCCAAUGUUGAGAAUUCUCUAGGUAAAGAGAGUACGCUAAUUGAUAUCAUGAGAACAUCCACACAGAGCAAUCACACACUUACAUUGCUGGGACCAGAUUGGUAUACAUGCACUGCAUAGGAAUCCUUUGUGAAGUUUGGGUGUGCUUAAUAUGAGCGCUGAGCGGAAUGCGUUGUUCCUUCCCUUCUCGCUAACGAAAGCGGUAGGUUGCCUAGGCUGAGCACGUAAGGUGCAGGCGGGUGCGUACGUGCGUUGCAGCAGCGCUAGGCGGGAAAAAGUGAUGACCAGGCGAGAGUUGGAAAACCUAACAGAUCAAGAGGGGUGAGAGUGAGACUGAAGGGAGAAAACCUAACGGAUCAAGAGGGGUGAGAGUGAGACUGAAGAGAGCUUGGUCGCCGCCGAGUAAAGGAACCCAGCCCUGCUGUGAGCUCCUCUUCCGCUGCUCCUGCUCGCUCCCUGUUUGAGUGAUCGGUGCUUGCUGUUGCUGUAUGCAACUGUUGAUGUGUGAGUUUGUGACCGUCUGGAGGCAAAAUUCGCUGUUUUGGCCGUUUUGACCUUUUGCUGAAAGUUAAGGCGGAUCUGAUCCCGGUUGGGAUUUUUUUUGAUCUGAUCCUUUUGCUACCGUCGGAGUGUCACAUCCAGUUUUUGGCCUUCCUGAUUAAUUAACUUAUUUUAAAAAUUAGGACCAAUUAAUUUUUUUUGUGAAUACUUGUGAUGCUUGAACUGACUAUUGUUUACCUGUUUGUUUGAAUGCAUGUGAUUGCUUUCCAUUAA